UCUUCAACUUCAGAUAAAGAAACCAUUCAAUUUUUGAUUCCAGUUGCAACUAUGUCCAAUCCAGCAGAGGAGGAGACAAAAGUAUCUAGUUUUUGCAAUACGGAAACUUCAAGGUCACAACAAGAAAUAAUUGAAUCUCUAAUACCAGAAGGCCAACAACAUACAUUAGAUUACUACAUCCAAUCUCUUGAUGCUUGCCAAAGUCAAUUAAAGCUAUUGGAUGAAAGAUGCAAAGAAGAAACUACGAAAAUUCAGACAAAAUUUGAGAAGUCGAAAAAACACUUAUUUGCCAAACGAACCAAAAUGAUCAAGAAAGUCACAAACUUCUAUCUUCUUUCUUUUGUGAACCACCCUUUUCUGACCAACUUGAUCAAUGAAGUUGAGGUAGAUUGUAUGAACUAUCUGACCAAUUUGGAAGUUGAAAAUCUGGACGACUCUAUUUGUGGACCCAGAAUAAAAUUCCACUUCAGCCCAAAUCCAUAUUUUGACAACGAUGUAAUAACAAAAAAAUACGACUUUAACACUUGGAGAUCUACAAGUACUCCAAUUCGGUGGAAGGAAGGGAAGAAUAUCAUCAAAAUGAUAAAAGAAAGGCAAGAAAGAAAACAAGGCAAGAAGACAUUCUUCACCUGGUUUGAUGACUGCAGCAAGCGUGUCAAUGAUGAAAUUGGAGAGGUGAUUAAAGACGAUCUAUGGCUGAACCCUGUCCAAUAUUUCAAGGAGUCUUCUGCCAGGGAUGUCGACUGUAAAUUGGAGAAUUUCUCUCCACAGGAAUAUUAUGGGCUGAAACGUAGUUUAAGUGAUACUUCAUGUGCCAAUGGUUUCCUCAUUAAAAACAUGACAGAAUAUGAAGACGAUGAAGAUAUGGAUCGUAAGGAAGAUAUAGAGCAGAACUCAAAGCGUUUCAAACAGGAAGAACAGUAUCAACUCUCCGAAACAACCCUAAAACAAGAAGAGACUCUGGAAAAACUCGAACCAUCAGAUGAAGUGACAAUUAUUAAACAUGAAGAAACAAUUGUAAAACAUGAAGAAACAAUUGUAAAACAUGAAGAGACACUUGUAAAACUUGAAGAGUUGUCUCAACCCUAUGAGACGACUGAAGAACAAGAAAAGACUGACCAAGAAACCGAUGAGACUGCCAAACAACAAUAAUAGACUGCCAACAGAAGAAUAGUUACAAUGUGCCUUGAUGUGUGAUUUAUUGAAGUGUUAAGUUAAUGUAUGUACGCUGUAUGGAUUUAUUGAUGUCCUAUUACCAAAUUAUUAUAUUUGAAUAACAUACAUUUUAAAAAUUACAUCACACUACCAAAAGUACAUUCUAUAAUUAAUAAAUAUUCUUUUUGAGAAUCGAAAGACUGAUAGCGCAAUUACUGUUAUGGCAAUCUUAAGAAUUGCUAUAUUUCGACUGUAAAGAUUCAGACAAUUUUGUGGUGUUUGUCACACAUAAACUGAGUGCUAGUUGUAGAAACUUUACCUCUACUUCAAGUGAUUUUAUUCAGUAUUUAACCCUUUUUAGUUGGUAAGAUUUAGAGUUACCUCAUUACUCUUAAGUGUUAAUUAAAUUUUAUUAUUUCUUUACAA